AUGAAUGAAAUGACCGUCGAGUUUCGGCUCAUCCCAUCUCCCGACCAAGUCAGGGCGGAGAACGGGACAGGACCUAUGACGAUAAGGGCCCAUGGGACGCGAAUGGAACCCGACGAGUCACAACGCGACACCACGCAGGGAAAAGGCCUCACGACCUUUCUGGUCUCUCUCUCUGCAUGUGCAUUCGCUCAGGUCCUUGCAGAUUUCGUGCAGCGAGUCGGCCAUAUUUAUGAAUCCUCAAGGAUCGAAGGGAAGAAAAAAAAGAAAAGAAUGCAAACUUUAUUGCCUAGGGUUGUUCAACUACCAGAGGAUAGUACAAAAAUUAUUGCAUGCGAUGGAAAUAAGGACCAUGUCAGGUUGCAAACCCGCAGGCUGCAGCAGUCAUCUGGUCGCAGGGUAGUUUGGUUGGGUUGGGUCCGUCGACGGUGGAUGUAUCCACUGCAUGGCCCUGGGAUUAACACCUUCUCUGUAUUGGGUCUGUCGCAGCAAGCACGGUAG